AUGAAGCACUUCCGCCGUGGGCUCGCGCUGCGCGGGGGCGUAGUGGGCGCGACGGGCUUCGAGCUGGCUGGUCGACCCCCUUUCCUCUGCUCGGGUCCGUCCCUCCUUGUUCGUGGCGGUGGGCAAAUCGACUUCCGGAGCUCCCCACUGCGCAGCGGUUCUGAGAGUCGAGCCUCUGGCCUGGGAGCGUUGGGGCAGCCGCGCGCCACUUCCACCGAGCGCCAUGGCUGCGGUCGGGGGGCCGAUAACGACCAGACGCUGCCCUCUCCUCAACCUCCUUCUUCUCCUCGCCUUUGGACCUGUGCUGGGCUGGAACCAUCCUGUUAUAAACUGUUCCUCAGUGAUGGUCAAGAUUCUCCUCCACCGUAUUCUGAAUAUCCUCCAUAUUCCCACCAGUAUCGGAGAUCCAACACCAUGGGCGGAUUCUUUCCCCCAGGCUUUAAACCCGAGUUUACAGGAUCAGGGAGUACUGGGCAUGGUGAAACUUCUGGUUUUGGCAAUGCUUUCACAGGACAGCAAGAAUACAGCAAUUCAGGACCGGGCUUCUGGACUGGACUGGGAACUGGAGGACUAUUAGGAUAUAUGUUUGGCAGCAGCAGAACAGCAACACCAUUUUAUGACUCAUGGCGUUAUCCAUCUUGGCCUCGGUCAUACUACUCCAGCACAUGGAAUAGUCGUGCUUACUCACCAUUUCGUGGAGACUCACAAACAGGAACCAGAACAGCUUCAGGUUAUGGUGGUACCAGAAGACGAUAA